ACCCCCUCCCUCUCUACAGCCAGAUCUCAGGGCUGAUGUGGGCUGGUCCCUGUGACUUUUAUUUUGAUUCUGCUCUCACGUGCGUCAGGAAGUGCUGAGUCUUGUGGUCACUUGACCAUUCUGAGCCUCUCCCUCUCUAUCUGCAGCCAGUCUGUGACCUUGUCUCACAGGGAUCACACAGAAUAUUUGUCACCUCUGCCACUCAGACCCCUUUGCAACAGCUGUCAAACAAUGGAUACCCUGCCCAAGGCUGUACUGGGAGUCAUCAUCUUCUGCUCCAUGUGGACUGGUUCCGCGGGAAAGGUUGCCUUCACGAUUGAGAAACUCUCCGCCUCGGGCAGUCCCUGUCAGUUGGAGUUGAGAUGCUCUAUCCCGAGACAAACAGCAAAAUUCCACUGGUACCGAGGUAGCACCAACAUAUCUGACGACAGCAGGCACCAUGUGGACUUCGGAGGCGCGCUGUUGACAGUCACACCUGACCCCAACAGCAACAGCGCCGUGUACAAAUGCCUUUCGGAGGCAACCCAAGAGGGCCUAUCCGUUGACGUGGCCCCAGCCUGUAACGUCUUUGGCGUGUUUAUGCAAAAAACUGGCUCUUCGUGCAUGCGCUGCCUAGUUAGGAUGGCCGUGACAAUCGUCUUCCUGUGCCUGUGGUUAAGUGCCUUGGGAUUCACCGCCUACUUCUGCUGUGGACAGACCAGUCAGAAGAAAGCAGGGAAGAAAGGACACACCACUGCCAAAGACAAUGAGGAAGGGAUUUAUUCACCUGUGGGAAUCGCUGACACUGGAAACAAAGGGAGUGCCCAGGAUGAGGAGAUGCCUGGGCCCAGCUCGGCUGAAGGAGACCCUGAUACCAACUACCAGCCCCUGAAGAAAGAGCAAGUCAGCGACUACAGUAUGAUUACACCGACAGCUGCCAAGGCACAUCCACAAGAUCCAACGUAUCAGGCCCUGGUCAAGGACAAAGAAGAAGACUACAGUUUGAUCAAGCCACAGGCGUCUGUUGGGGAGCCCGUGGUGACGUUCUCUGCUCUGAACAAAGAGGUCACGGUCGAGUUCUUUCCGCCAGGUGGAGCCAAUGGCCAGGAGUGAGGCAGUCAGCAGCUCACUUACAAGGCCACACUUUCUCUGUAUAAAGCAAGCCCUCGACCCAGGAUGAGAUCCCGGCCUGCAAGUCACUUGUUGAAACUGUCAGUCUAUAUAUAAGCUCCCUGAACUCCUCGAAUAGACCCUAGCCUGGAACUCUCUCCCUGAGGUCUGUCAUUUAAAUGUCAAUUUGGUAAUUCUCCGAUUUGAUCCCAGCCUGGAACUCGCUGCCAGGUGUCUGAUAUUGUAUAAAAAAACCCUGAAUCCAUCAAUUAGAUUGCAGCCUGUAACUCACUUCUGGGUCGGCGUGAUUGUAGAUAUGUUCCCCCUGAACUACUGCAUUAUCUCCCAACCUGUAACAUACUCCAGGGCAGUUAUUAUUCAUUUUAUACCCCUCUCCCCCUCCCCCCACCCACCCCUCCCCUUCUCCCGGUCAGCUCGAUUAGAUCCCAGCCUGGACUUGGCCCCAGGGUGGUGAGAUUGUGUGUGUGUGUGUGUGUGUGUGCACCCCAGGGAUGAUCUGUGUGCAUGAAGACGUGUCCCUGAGCACCGUGCUUUCACUUGAAUGUGCUUCCCAGGGCCAAAGACCAGUGGCCACAGGGCAAGUCCAAUAAAGCUGAAGGAUAUUGGACCUAAUGACUCCAAACGAGUUCCCAGGAGAGUUCUACAGUCAAUCCCACCAACCUUCUCCUUCCCACAUAUCUUCUGAAUGUGUGAGACUGCUGCCACCCGAUAGUAUGCGCAUUCUCUGCACAUGCCAGGACAUCACACAUUUGUUGUCGAUACAAGCUUCCCCAUUCACACGCAGCCCCUCCAUCUCCCACCACCCGUUGUUCUCCCUCUAAUCCUGCACAAACACCUCCAAGAGCUGUCACAGCCCUCCCCGGCGCACCGAGAUGCCUUCCAGAAAUCCCUCAGCGGGCCUGACCACCGCACCUCUGUAACCUUGGGCAUGCAGCUGGCCAGCUGACGUGCCACUGGGCUGCAGACUUGCCACUGGGCUGCAGACCUGCCACUGGGCCUACUUACUGCCAGUUUACCAUUCACCCAUAACCUCCACAAUCUCAGUUGUUUCCAACAAGCUUGACUUCCUCACAAAUAUCCCAAUAGCACAGAUAUUCCUUCUUCCAGGUUGGCUAAUUCCCAGCAAUUUAUAGCAUUUGCAUUCCACUGCUUCAAAUCAAAUCCGGUGUAAUCCUUCAACAUCCUACCGUACCCUAUCAUCCCUCCUCCCUGUCCCUGUAACUUCUACCAAGCCCCGACACCCAUCCAUCCCUCCAGAGCUUACACCACUCCCUGUUCCUGUAACCCCCUCAUGCCUCUACACCCUUCCUUGUCCAUGUAAACCGCUCCAGCCUCUCCACCCAUCUCUUUCUCUGUAUCUCCCUCCAGGCUCUGCACCCCUCCCUAUCAGCCUCCAGCCUUAACAACCCACUGAUAUUUCUGCUCCCCUUAAUG